AUGGUUGAAGGCACCCGCCAUGCUCACUUAACUGAGGCAGUUGCUGCAUUGAAAGGCAAAUCAGUUCAUCUAUGGGAGGAGCAAAAAAGGCAAAAGCAAAUGUUGGAGGCCAUCCUUCAACAGCUCAAUAAUCUAGCGUCCUUCUUAGAUGAUGUUAGAGCUCUUUGGAGAGCUAUUGAUGGUGGGUUUUCAGCAGUUGACGCUGUUGUGGAGGGUUGCUCUGCCUGCUAGGAACUGUAGUGUGAUGGAACAGUUGGGCCUGGUGGAAGUCCAAAUGAGAAUGGAGAAACUAUGAUUGAUGCUCUGGUCAUGGAUUGGGUGACAAUGGAGGUUGGAGCUGUCGCUGCUUUGAGGUACGUGAAGGACGGCAUCAAAGCUGCUAGAUUAGUAAUCCAGCACACUAAACACACUUUGCUUGUUGGAGAGCAAGCCUUUGCAUUUGCUUUAUCAAUGAGUCUCCCGGGACCCACAAACCUUAGUUCAUCCGAGUCUUUGGGGAAGUGGAGUAAAUGGAAGGAAAAUCGCUGCCAACCUAAUUUUAGGCAAAAUGUUGUACCUAUCAAUAGUUGUGGCCCAUAUCAUCCAAGGGAUUCUCUUGACCUAACUAAAGGGGCAUGUUCCAAAGCCAAGCUUAUGGAAACUAUUGAAUUUAGAUCAUCCCUUGUUGGUCUUCACAAUCAUGACACUAUAGCAAUGGCUGUCAUUGAUAGAAUGGGGCACCUUGCCGUUGGUACAUCAACUAAUGGAGCAACAUAUAAGAUCCCUGGCAAGUAA